AUGAUUAUUGAAUAUGUAGCGCUAAAAAUAGUAAAUGGAGAUAUUAAAACUGAGAUUGAUGAAGAAGACAUUGAAUCGGAGGUUAAAUUUUGGGAGUCUACGUUGAUCAUGUAUGUACUUGGUGGGGAAGUUAAUAUGCAUAUCGUGAAACAUUUUAUGAUGAAGACAUGGAACUAUGUCCAACUUCCAGAUAUGUAUUAUCAUGAAGAGUGGUAUUUUCUACUCAAGUUCAGAUUGCAUGAGGACAUUGAGACUAUGAUGAUGAAGGGACCAUAUACCAUAAGAAAUAUGCCAAUGAUCCUUAAAGAGUAG